AGCUGUCACAGUGCGCGGCGAGUGUCUGUGCCUCGCCCGACUGUAUCCUCGGCUUUACAGAGCCGAUGCUUUCCAGCUAUCCUCGAGCUUGGAUUAAACGUCAAAUGGAGCUUGACCUACCCAUUACAUCACAGCUCCAUCAACAAUUCGUGUCAUUUACUUAGACGACAUCUCUCUAUCAAUUGAGGUCAAGAUCAAUCAUCUUGUGUAGAUUACAGCUCACAACAUAAUAUCAUUGAGCGUCUUCCCCAGCUCUCAUCUGCCUCACCAUGAACUCACUCAGAUACCUCCGGCCGGUGGCCUCGCGUAUGCAGGCGCCGACGCUGCCCAGACUCUCACGUGGAUUCGCCAGCAAGACAUACGAGUUCAUUCAAGUCUCUCAGCCCAAGCCCGGUGUUGGUCAAGUGACGUUGAACCGCCCCAAGGCCUUGAACGCCCUCUGCACUCCCCUCAUCCAUGAGCUCAACGAUGCGCUGAGGGCUUUCAACGCGUCGGACGAAACGUCCGUCAUCGUUCUGACCGGCUCCCAAAAGGCCUUUGCCGCCGGUGCCGACAUCAAGGAGAUGGCUCCUCUUACCUUUUCCGAGGCGUACACCAAGUCCUUCAUCGAGUCGUGGUCGCUCCUCACCACCGAGGUCAAGAAGCCCAUCAUCGCCGCCGUUUCCGGUCACGCGCUCGGCGGAGGCUGUGAGCUGUCCAUGAUGUGCGACAUCCUCUACUGCACCGAGACUGCCAACUUUGGCCAGCCCGAGAUCAAGCUCGGCACGAUCCCGGGUGCCGGCGGCAGCCAGAGACUCACCCGGGCCAUCGGAAAGUCCAAGGCCAUGGAGUUGAUCCUGACGGGCAAGUCCUUCAGUGGUGCCGAUGCCGAGAAGUGGGGUCUUGCGGCCAAGGCAUUCCCUUCGUACGAGGUUCUCAUGGAGGAGACGCUGAAGACGGCAGAGACCAUCGCCGGCUAUUCGAGGGUGUCCAUCAACGCGUGCAAGGAAGUUGUGAACAAGAGCCAGGACCUGCCUCUGAGGGAUGGUGUCGAAUUCGAACGGAGAGUGUUCCACAGCUUGUUCGGCAGCAACGACCAAAAGAUUGGCAUGAAGGCAUUCGCAGAGAAGAAGAAGGCAGAGUGGACUCACUCUUGAGGGCGUAAUGCUUGUGAAAGACUAGUUGUAUGCGAAAUAGCCGAGUCUGGCAAAGACAUGAUGUUGUGCAACCAUGAUCUUGGGCAAAUGAAUGCGUGCGUGUGUUUGGGGAAAUCCGUCAGACUGCUCGGCAUGAAUAAGACCAGGUAAGAGCACACAGUCAGCCCAGCACCGCCUUUUGCUUGGCUGUGUUGCUCUGCAGGAAAAAGGGUGAUGUUACUUUUCGGGGUCUCUCUCUCGUACAGCACUCGCUUGCAUGCAUGAUGACUUUAGUCCCGAGAUUCUUCGCCUACCUUAGCC